GCGCGGUUAUCUGAUUUGCUUUGUUCAUUGUUUUGGCUUAAUUAAACUAGUUAUAGUUUUUCAAAAAAAAAAAAAAAUGAAUGGUUCAAUUGUGAACGGGUAUACAAGGCAUGAUGAAUAUCAAUAUUUGGAUCAAAUUCGUUUGAUUUUAGAGCGUGGCCACGUUAAGAAAGAUCGCACUGGUACAGGAACGAAAUCAUAUUUUGGAACUCAAGCUCGAUAUAAUUUGAGAGAUGGAACCUUCCCUUUAAUAACUACAAAAAAAGUUUUUUGGCGAGGUAUCUGUGAAGAACUACUUUGGUUUAUUUCUGGCAGUACCAAUGCUAAUGUUCUGAAAGAAAAAAAUGUCCAUAUAUGGGAUGGAAACAGUUCUAAAGAAUAUAUGGCAUCCAUCAACUUGUCUUAUCCUGAAGAAGGAGAUCUUGGUCCAGUAUAUGGAUUUCAGUGGCGACAUUUUGGUGCAAAAUACACUGACAUGAGCAAGGAUUAUACGGGUGAAGGAGUUGAUCAGUUACAAAAUGUAAUAAAACUUAUUAAGGAAAAACCAUAUGACCGGAGAAUGAUAAUAUCAGCUUGGAAUCCCCCUGAUUUGCCAAAAAUGGCUCUUCCACCUUGUCACUGUUUAGCCCAAUUUUAUGUUAGUAAUGGUGAACUAUCUUGUCAACUUUAUCAGAGAUCUGCUGAUAUGGGUUUAGGUGUUCCAUUCAACAUAGCUAGCUAUGCUCUUCUUACUCAUAUGAUUGCUCAUGUGACUGAUCUCAAGCCAGGUGAUUUGGUUCAUACUAUUGGUGAUGCUCAUAUAUAUCUAGAUCAUAUUGAUCCCCUCCAGGAACAAUUGACAAGAGAACCAAAGCCUUUUCCAAAGUUGAUAAUAAAAAAAGACACAAAAAAUAUUGAAGACUUUGAGUUUAAAGACUUUGAACUUAUUGGAUAUGAAUGUCAUCCUCCUAUUAAAAUGAAAAUGUCAGUGUAAAAAGUUUUUCAAGAGGUAUAUGACUGAAAAAAGUUAUAUACAAUCUGAUAUCAUCUGGUCAGCAUUUUAAAUGUAUUUUUUUUUUAUUAUUAUGCUAUUAUUUUAAAGUUACUUUUAACUUUUUUAGCAAAUUUUUUUGUGGCAUUAUUGUGUAUAAAAUUUUGAGUUAUAAUCGAAGUUUUUUUAUUAGUUAAGGAAUACUUCAUUUAUCAAAAUACCUUGGUGUUUUUUCCACCUGUGUCUGUGUUACUUGGUGUCUUUCCACCUGUGUCCAUAUAUUAUCAACAUGCAAAUGCAUCAGACAGGAAACAAACAUACAAAAAAAGUUAAAAUGUUUUUGUGUUUGUUUCCUGUCUGAUGCAUUUGCAUGUUGAUAAUAUAUGGAAAGAGCGAUAGCAUUUGUGUAUUAUGUAAUUGUCUUUAGCUGAUCAUCUUUCAAGCUCAAAAAAGACUUAAGUAGUAAUCCUGAAAUUUAAGUCUGAUUGAAGAAAAUUCUGUUAAAUGAUUUUUUUUUUUUUUUUUAUGUUUGUAAUUUAAAACUGAUUUUUACUGAAAUGUAUCAGUGUGUUUUUCUCAUCUGGCUUUGGCUUUAUGAAAAAUACAUUUUAAUUUUCUUCCAUUAAAUCAUUAGUUAUAAAAGUCUUGAUUGAUAUUUUUUUUAUUUAAAUUCUGUUUUUGAAAUAUAUUUUCCAUGGUCAUUUUUACUGCUUGCAGCAGAAUUUUUCUGAUAUCUUUCAACAGCAUUUAGUUAAUCAUCAAAAUGAUAAAUUUUGUAUGCAGUUGAUAAAUUUGAACAUCUGAAAGAUUACACAUCAGUUAUGUUUAGGAAGAGAAGAUGAAAGAAUAUAUAAGAAAUUAGUAUAAUUUCUGUGUUAAUGCAAGAUGCAAAUUUUAUGCAUUUAAAACAACUUAGCUCUAAAAUCAUUAAAUGACUCAAUUUUAGGUAUAAUAAUAAAAAAUAUGUACAUCGCAUUAUAAAAUAUGAAAUUAAAGUAUGAGUCAAGAGUUGAAUCUCCAUUUACAUGUAUUUCAUUAUAUAAUUACAAACCAACUUUAAAAAAAAAUUUAUUAUAUAAAUAAAAUGUUGGAAAAUUGAUAUCAUAAUUUUUUAAUUAUCAUUGGAAAUCAUUGCAUACUUGUGUAAAUUCACAAUUUUUUUAAUUUUUGAAAUAUUGUUUUUGAAGCUUUUUAAAAAGUUGUUAAUUGUAUUUUUUUAGUUAUAUAUUUAGUUAAUUGCAGAUCUGU